GGUAACACUGUCUAAGUAUUCGUGCAACAUGACUCAAAGUUGUCUGACAUUUUAAUAUUUGUGAUAUAUGUGUGAAAGAUUGAUUAUACAUACGAGUUUUAAAGAAUAAUUAACAGAUUAUACACUAUUAAAUGGAACGCUAGUUCCACUUUAUUCUCAUAGGAUGAGCACGCGACUCGCGUCUCUGCCGUACCACGAUAUAGCUGGAGCACAUUGAUGCUCCGAAAACUAUGCGUCAAACAUACAUAAAACAAACGUUCGCGUCACUCAAAUGACGAGUUUACGCAUAUUCAUGCUUAAAGAUAUUUUACCGAAUCGAAAAGGAGAAUCACAAGGAUGACGAGUGCAGCAAAGAGAUCGCGAAAGAUUUAUUUUCAUGCAAUUUUACUUUGAACCAAAUAGUCUGUGUUUUGAUACGUAUAGAAAUGGCGGCUUCUAUAUUUAUCACGCAUCUCGUACUCCUGUUAACGUUGAUAUUAUGUUCAGGUGAACGAGAGAUUGCCUUGCAAGACCAAGAUAUUUCAUUUGAUGAUGAAAAAUUGAAUCCAUCUGAUCCUUUGGAUCAUAAUCUCGGUUUCAAUACAAUCGGCCAGAAACGUUUUAAAUGCCAUUGCGAUGGUUCUGAAUGUUCACCAUCGAAUGUCUGCACCGACGCAAUCACUUGUUGGAAGUCCAGGGUGAGAGAAGUUGAUGGUACAGAGUAUGUUAGCCGUGGUUGUUACGAAAAAGAGGAACACAAAUUACUAAUGUGUAAUAGAGAAAGUCAAAAUACAAAUCAGCAUAAAAAAAGGAAUGUUAGAGAAUUGUCAGGUGGCGCCCAAUUCUCUGUAGAAUGUUGUCAAGCAGACCUUUGUAACGUUGGACCAUAUCCCAAGUUGGACGAUUAUUACACAACUGAUGCCGACAAUGAAUACUAUGUAAUAAAAUUAGUAUUUGCGGUUGUUGGACUUUUGAUCGGAAUGCUCAUUAUUGGAGGAAUUAUGCUCGGUUUAUUGACACAUUUCAUACGAAAGAAACGAUCGAUGGCUCCACGUCGGAACAAACUUUUUCUAGAUUCCGAAAUUGAACCUUCCAUUUUGCAUUUUUCUUUUUCCUCGCCUACGUUAUCCGCCACAAAUCAUCCACACGAGCUUAGAGCAACGGCUGCUGGUGAUAGUACGCUUAAAGAGUAUUUAGAUGGACGAAGUUUAACCAGUGGUUCUGGUUCUGGACUACCGUUGUUAGUACAAAGAACUUUGGCUAAGCAAGUAGCUUUAGUAGAAUGUCUUGGUAAUGGUAGCAGUGGAGGAUUCGGUGGAGAAGUGUGGAGGGGAGUUUGGCACGGCGAAAAUGUAGCUGUAAAAAUUUAUUUUUCGCGAGACGAAGCUGCAUGGGCUCGAGAGACCGAGGUCUACUCUCAACUGUUACCGUCCAGGCACGACAAUAUCUUAGGAUAUAUCGGUAGCGACAUGACUAGUAGAGCCAGUUGCACCCAACUCUGGCUGGUGAUGCAAUAUCAUCCUCUCGGCUCACUCUUUGAUCACCUCAAUCGAUCGCCCCAUCCGUUGACACCUCAUCAAACGCUCAAUAUUUCUCUGAGUAUCGCCAAUGGCUUGCUUUAUCUGCACACGGAGAUCCAUGGCACUAAGGGAAAACCAGCUAUGGCCCAUCGUAAUCUCAAAUCGAAAAAUAUCCUGGUUAAGACUAAUGGUGGUUGCGUAAUUGCCGAUUUUGCAUUAGCAGCCACACAAGAUCGUCUAGUAGCGGACAGAGUCGACUUACGACAAGGAACAAAACGCUAUAUGAGUCCUGAAAUUCUUGAGCAAAUCAUAAACGUCGAAUGCUUAGAAAACUUUAGACAAGCCGAUAUCUAUAGUUUGGGACUGAUCAUGUGGGAAGUCUGUCGCAGAUGCAUAAGUAAUGGUGUAGCCUUAGAAUAUGCGAUGCCAUAUAGUGAAUGGUUACCAAGCAGUAAUCAGGAACCCUCAAUAGAAGAAAUGCGUAAAUUGGUCUCGUUAGAUCAGCGGAGGCCGCCGCUCCCUAACAGGUGGCAUUCUGAUCCGACAUUGGCUGGAAUGGGGAAGCUAAUGCGAGAGUGUUGGCAUGGGAAACCAGCGGCCAGGCUACCCAUUCUUAGGGUAAAGAAGACACUCGUUAAACUAGCAGCUAGUGAUUCACGUGUUCAUUUACCUCUUGACUGACCAGCGUUCACCUUACCGGGCUCUUUUUCAUUCAUCUAUUUAUUACUGCGGCUGCACCAACCUAUCAUAUACAUUAUAAGUUUCAUCACCAUUAACAACAUUUAUGCGUUAUCAGAUCGUUAUAUCAUGAAAAUAAAAAAAUAUCGUAUAUUGACAUAUCAAAGUAACGAUGGUAAUAAGCUUGUUAAUGUUUGGCAUAUGAAUUUUAUUGCCUUAUGUUCCAUUGCUGUUAUCUCAUUCUGGAACAAUAAUAGUAUUAAGUGUAUAAUUUCGUAGCGUUGAUCGAGUCGAAUUGAGGAAUACUAUUAAUUCAACAAAAAGAAAUCGAAUAUUCUUAUUCAAAAUUUGUUAAAAAAAAGGCUGUUGUAAGGAGAAUGCAAAUUAAAUUUUACGAAUGAUAUAGCAAUACAAUUCUUCUAAUUGAGAUUAAUUUUAGCGAUCGAGGUUUUAUUUAAUAUAUAAGAGACGUUUUACUACAAUAUUAAGUAGUAAUAUUUAGAGUUGCAAUGAAUAUUCGGCUAUUCAACUCACUUGCUGAGUAUUUCGUAUUCGGUUAAGUCCGAUUAUACUAUUCGUUGCAUCUCUACCUUUCAUUUUUACUUUUAAAAUUAUUCAGUAUACAACUGAAUAAUGGCUUAAUAUUUGAUACUCAGCCGAAUAGUAAAAACAUUGUUGAAUAGACAGAGUAUCGAAUAGUUACUGAUUAUUCGUUGCAAUUUUAUAAUAUUUCAUCAUUUUGGACGUUUUUCUAAAUGAUUAUGGCUCGGUUUUUAGCUAAUACAUGUACAAAAAUACUAACAAUCGUAUCGGUAACAAUAUCAGAAAUAUUAUAUUGUCAUUUCCAGUAAAGUCCUUUAAAAAUCAAAAAUCGAAAUAUUCAUUUAAGGAUUUCUUAAGUAUUGACUGUUUGAACAAAUAAUCAAAAAAAAUAUUUGUAAAUAAUGUAUCUCUAUUAAAUAGAGUUGUCAUAAAUAUCACAUGUCUUAUAAAAUCAUGAUUAUAUCGACGUGAGUUACAGAUAGAAAUAAUUGAUAAGAACGAAUAAAGGACGUGUAAGAUUAUCACAAAAACAUCCAAUUGUACAAUACUUAGAAUAUAAUUUCACGAAUUGCUUUUUUAUUCGAUGUUUAUGUAUAAAUAUAAUUAUGUAUAAAAUAAUCGACGAUUAACUAUUAAAGAAUACACGUCGGACGUAUAGUUUAUACGGCUUGUAAUCAGAUGUAAUACAAUCAUUGUACAAAGAUCGGUAUUUAACAAAUACUGUAUAUUGACUUAACAUGAACAUCAUAAUGUAAAAUAGACUACUUUGACAUCAAUUAUCAUCCUACAGAGGUAAUAACAACUUUUCUAACAAAACUC